CAGGAGAUAUUGCCCAUUGAAACACAAGUGUCUUAUUGCACUGGGGCCCAUUUCAUAUAAGGGUGAAAUCGACGGCAGAUAUCCACAACAUGCAUUGAUAUCCUGUGGAUUUAAAAACCACACAGCAUGUCGCGGUUCACCAUGACUGAGCAGUAUCAGGAUUAUGAUGCAGUGGGGGACCACGCCGGUGAUGACACCAACUCAGUAGUCGCUGGUGGAAAUGAAGGCGGUCACGCACAAGAGGGUGUCAUCAGGCUGCCAACUGCAUCACAACAUGGAGAUGACGGAAGCAUUGGUCUGGAGGACGACCUAGCUAUUGGUGAAGCAGUAAAAGAACAGGGUCAUACUGAGAUCCCUGAGGCAACCACUGCCGAAGAAGCUGGUGUCGUUAACACCCCCAGCCAAGAAGACCAGGCUGCAGAGAGUGCAGCGAAAGAGAUAAAAAUUCCGGCAGCCGCAGGAGAGAUGGAGAUUCAGGAGUCCUCAAGUAGCACACCAGUAACAGAAGUGGGUACGGGAGGUGAUAAAUCUAUAACAGAACGUGAUGUGGAUGAUUUGUGUGUCAUUACUGGAGACACAUAUGAAGAUGUCAGUCCCGGCUGGACAACAUUGAGUAAUGAAUUUACAGAACCUUCUGAAACUCAAGACAAACAUGCAUUAAUCCAAGAAUCCAAUGGGAUUGUUACUCACAGGGAUGAUGAUGAUGAUGAUGGUAGGUUGGAAGAACCCAGAUAUGAAGGUGGGGAAGAGGAGCAGGAUAGCACAGUAUCUACGGAACUACAAUUUGGUCUACAGCCUGAGACUAAUGGCCUUGCAUUGGACGUAGAAGAAGCCAACAAGCUCCUCGAUGGCUCAGCUUUUACAGAAUCAAACAACAAACAUGAACAGAAGCCACAUGAUGACAUAGCAGCUGAUUCUUUUCCAGUAGAAGACCAGCUAGUGCUCACUCGCCGACAGCCAUCUGUAUCUAUUUACCAGGUAGAGGUUGAUGCCAACAAGCCAAUAGACGGCAACAAGAUAUCACCAUGUGAAGAUGACAUUACACCAAGCCAGGACACAUCAGAAAAACAUUCGCCAUCUCUGGGUGAGGUUGUGGGAAUCCCUAGGAAACGAGUAUCUCCACAUGGAUCUGGAAUACCCGUCAGCAGGGUUCCUGUAUUUAAAGCCCAUGAUCAAGAGAAGCAUGAAAGAGACUCUCAAGAGAAAGUACAGACAUCUUCUACUCCACGCAUUGCCAAACUCACAACAGGCAGAACUUCCACAAUCCCCAAAAGAUCCCCUUCUGCUAGCACAGUCACCCAGAAAAAAACUUCCACUCCAACAGUACCUCCAGCACGGAGCCUUACGCAGCGGACUUUCCCUGCGACGUAUCGCCCGCUGGGUCCUUCACCACGGGCUAAGGAUGGUGUUCAUGAUGGCACAGGGGUUAAGCAGCCACCUAUCAAGAGCCCUGCCAACACAACUAGAAUCCCAUCCAAGACUCCCACAGUUCCUAAGACUCCACCUACCGCUCUGAAAAGAGAUCAGAGGAAGCCACCAUCCACCAUAAACAAAGGUGAAAGAGCUGAAUCUCCAAAAUCUGGUGAAAGAAGUGGAUACAGUAGUCCUGGAUCGCCUAGUACACCAACAAACCGUUCCCGCACACCCUCAUCAAAUAUGCCGCCUAACCGGGAGCCCAAAAAGGUCGCCGUUGUGCGUACUCCUCCCAAAUCUCCUGCCUCUAUCAAGAGUCGCCUACAGCCGCUUCCAAGCCCGGUAGCACUCCCAGACCUGAAAAAUAUAAAAUCUAAGAUUGGCUCAAUUGACAACAUUCGGCACCAGCCAGGAGGUGGCAAGGUGCAGAUCGUCCACAAGAAAGUCGAUCUGAGUAAUGUCCAGUCAAAGUGUGGCUCCAAGGAGAACUUGAAGCAUGUCGCUGGGGGAGGAGCAGUGCAGAUAACACACAAACCAGUCGAUCUGAAACAUGUGACUUCCAAGUGUGGAUCCAUGUCAAACAUCCACCACAGGCCAGGCGGAGGAAACAUAGAAGUGAAAUCCGAGAAACUGGACUUUAAAGAAAAGGUUUCGUCCAAGAUUGGAUCACUGGACAAUGUCACUCACACGCCCGGUGGAGGAAACAAGAAGAUUUGUGGAGCAGGCUCUGCCAUUAGAGAGAAAGGGAACAGCGAAGUGUCAGGGGGAAACAAUUCCCCUACAAAUGGGCUCUACCUGGGCCUUCCACCACCACCUCUGCCAGAAGAACUUGAGGUGCCUGACUUACUGUGUGAAGAGCUGAAGAAUGAUUGAGAGCCACAAACUGACUUUCAGGGAGAAUGCUAAAGCCAAGACAGACCACGGAGCAGAGAUUGUCUACAAGUCUCCCAACCCUUCUGGAGAAACGUCCCCCCGACGUCUCAGCAACGUCUCCUCUUCUGGCAGCAUUAACAUGUCUGACUCCCCACAACUCUCCACACUGGCUGACCAAGUCUCUGCCUCCCUCGCUAAGCAAGGCUUGUGAUGAGCUGAUUUCUAAACGGGAGCUGGAGGUUCGAGAAACGUAUCCAAGAUUUAAAACAAAAAGGGAAAGUUACAUAAAAUUGCCCACACUCAAUUGAAUAAUUAAACUGUCUCUUGUAUA